AUGGCCGCCUCCCCUUGUUCUGGUCCUGGCUGCAGUUUUGUACCUCCUGUCUCCUGCAGCCCCCUCGGCCGGCAUCAUGAUACCAUCCACUUUCGUCAACUGUUAUGUCCAGACCCCUCCUGUGAGGUAUGUAAUAGCACAACUGCUGAGAUCAAUCGGCUGCUGUUCCUGCAGACUCUGGAAGAUUCUACUUCCUUGGCUUCCACAGCUCCUGUGACUUCUUCAUCGUUCACUCUCUCCACUGACUUCUCAGCAGUCCCUCCAGGAGAGCUAAUACCAGCUUCGCUGCCUGAGUCUUCCCCACCACCUGCCUCCAUCUUCUCACCUAACCCAGUGAUCCCUGUGGCUAAUUUCUUUCCACCCUCACCACCGGGUGAUUCUUUGCCACCAGAGCCCUUUCCUCCCUUGGAUUCCAAAUUCCCAAUAGACCAUUUCCCAGCCCAGCCCCCUGCCUUUCCACCUCCUGUCCCACCCCAUCAUGCCCAUUCAGUGGACCGUAGCGUCCAAACAGAGACAGUGUUUCUAAAUACCCUUUCCCAAGAUGUCAGCCCCUUACCGGAGUUGUCCCAGAGGGUGAAUCCUACUGAGACCUUUGCUCGUCAUCACGCACCACCAAACCAGUCUGCAUCACCACCGCCAGACUGCAAUUUAAGUGUGACGCGAUCUAAACCAAUUUCCAAAUUAAGGAAGGGUGUUCAAGAGAGCUCACCCCCACAGAGCUCUGGUAGGUUGUCUACUUGUAUCACAGCAAGCAGAGGCAUGGACCCCUCCAGCUUGUCAAUUUUAGACCUCCCUCCGUGGCAAACUCAUGCCAAAGGCUUCUUCCCUUCAACCCUGGCUCCACGUGAUUUCCAUCAAGCCCUCCCUUCUUCGGAGGCUUCUCCCAGGGGAGACCCUGUAGCCAACCUUGUCGAGCCUGGUAACCUCUCACUUCUCAGCCCUGAUGCCCUGGCACUUCUAGAGAAACAAGUGCAAAACAGGAGUGACUUUCUCAGGGGCAAGGAAACAAGGCGAUCUUUCCCAAACCAAACUGAUGCUUUCUGGAGCAGCAAAGGCCAGUCCAAGGAGCUGCCAAUGCAGCAGCAGCGCCCAUAUCCUACCACCUUGGAAAAGGGCCAUUUACAGCAAACCCCCAUCCAGUUCUUUUGGGGUCUCCAAACUCCGCAUCGUGAGUCCUUCUUCCCUGCUGCUGAUGCCUCAGAUAACAUCUCGAAUGCCUCCCCAGAGCAGGAGUCCCCAGGAGUUCCCCAUCCACUUCCUCCAUCCUUGCCUGAGAACCCGCCUCAACUCCUGCCUCAAACCCAGCCCCUACCUAUCUCUCAUGUCCAGCCCCAGGCCCACCUUCAAUCCCCACUCCCAAUCCGGCCAUCUGGUCCUCUAGCCGACAUCAGCAUCUGUGGAGUGUGUUUUCACAGACCUCACAAUGAAUCCGACAGUCUCACGUCAAGAGAAAUUCAACACCUGGAAUGGAACAUGUUGCAGAAGGUACAGAAACGUGUGUGGGGUUUACCCACUAUAGUCCAAAGAUCCCAGGAGGACUAUGGUCCUUCUGCGUCUAACCCUUGUUUCAGCCACAAGGCCACCAAGGCCCCAGUUGUAAGCUCUGUCACUCCUGGGCAGUUUCCUCUGAAUGAAGAGCUUCGGAGGAAACUAGAGCAUCACCUUCAUAAGAGGCUCAUCCUACACCAGAGGGGCCUGCCCCGCAGGAUCUAUGACUCUGUAGCACUGACUCUUCCACAGCUACCUGAGUCUCAGCGCCAUGGUGGACGCUCGGGGAUCUCUAACAGUCCGAUCAGGAGGAGUAUGACCAAAAGUGUCUAUGUGGAGCUUCCCGAAUUUAUUCUACAGGACAGUUCCUGCAAAGAUGACCUGGAGAAGGAUCAGGGACACAACCCAGAGAAUAAUAUGGGGUAUGGUUCUGAACAAAAACAGAGGAGCCAAUCCGUCAAAAGCUCCAUGGUAUCUGUGGAUACUACGGGACAGAGACAGCUUGAAAAUGCCGUGAAGACUGUGCAUAAUUCAUGGCUCUCCGUGGAGCAGACACCACUUGUUUCUGAGAAAUCCCAGAAUGAAACAAAACAGGAAAGUUUGCCACCAUCACAGGGUGAGGACGACUCCCUGAAUACUUUCCAGGAGCUUCCCCUUGUUACACCUACGGCAGCACAGACGCUGGAAGACCACAUUAAAAGGCUUAAUAAGAGGGUGACUUGGGGCCUUCCCCCUAGGGUCCUUGAAUCCAUUCAGUGCUUUAAAUCAAAAGAGUCCACAUACUCCGUUGCAAGCUUGAAAUCUCUCCGUGGACACAAAGCAGGAACAGCCAAUUCAGCCCCCAUCCCCGAUCAUCCUCUCCCUGCCACCUCAACUGUGGGCAGGGAGGAACAAAGAAUUCUCAGGCCACCAGCCACUAAUAUCACCCAUCAGACUCCUACAUCUGUCAAACGUGACUCCAUAGGCAACAGAUGGCCCCCAAGUCCACCUAGAAGGCAAGGUGCGUUCAGACGGCCCCAAAAACUGCCUAUAAGGCAAGGUGUGCUCAGAUGGGAGCCAAAGGUCAAAAGUGCAAAUGCUGAUGCCGGAAGAGGACAGGAACAAGGCAUAAAGGGGAAGAAUACAGAACCUGGUGGUGUGCCCACAGAGUAA